UUUUAUUUAACUGACUCAUUUUGUCUCCUUCAUCGUGGUUGUUUCAGCAGUGACAUCGGAUUAGUCAGUGUUUUUGCAUCAGUUAAUGAUUUUUGACUGCGAUUAGUUAAUCUAAAUUAAUCUAAAAGCCCUCACUUGAGCAACACCAGUUCACACUUGUGAGAACACACCAAAACUAAACUAGAUUAUCUUUCCAUCAUGGUGAUUUUUGAGAGCGUGUAUUGAGCUAAACCGAGCUCAGGGUCAGGGUCGGUGGCCCAUGGUCACCUCUGUGCUGUUCUCUGCCUCGUGUCUGAGCUCCCUCCAGGUUUCCUCCUGCAGCUGUGGAACUGCAGUGGCUCUCCAAACGCAGUGCUGCCGACUGCAGCAUCUGACCUUUCACUGAGUCCUGAAGUUGCCUUCAGGUCAACUUUAAAUUUCCUUUGAAGUUGAGCUGUGGUUUAAAGCUUCAUCUAGUCAUCUUCAUGAGAAAAAUCGAAUGUCCACUUCUUCUUUCCAACAGGAGGUGAGGAGUGUUUUCAGCAGAGUGGCGCGGUGUGUGUGUGAUGGGGUGAUGGAAGGGGAGAGGGAUCUGCUCUCGGCCCCUUCGUGUUUGCAGCUGGGAUGAGUGUGAAUGAUGAUGACGUGAUGGGGAAAAGAAAGGAUGGAGCGGUGGAGGUCUGCCAGGGCGAAGCAGCAGUGAGCACAGAUGAGUUCACUGUCUUCUUAGGAGCUCGUGAGACGCUGACUCUGAUCUAGAAAAGAUGGAGGAGGCCAAACGGAGAUGUCGGACAAUGCUCUACGUUUUCAGAGCUGUAGCUGCGGGAAUGUGAGGCCCGUUGCUUUGCAGCUGUUGUAGUGCGUUAUGGGGCUGGACAUGGGCCAUUGAAGCCUCAUUUGUUGCUUUGGUUGAGCUCCAUGACUUCAUGUUGGUCUUCUAUCGUCAUGUUUGCAUGGCCAAACUGUGUGCUGUUAGCAUCUCACUUCCAAUGAAAAACUGUGGCUUUAACUGUAAUUCGAUAUCAGACAUGGGAGGAGACUUGCUUCUCAUGAUGUCAGAAGCAGAGACUCGGCGCUGUGCCGUGAGGAGACAGAGCUGGCAGAGCAAAGGACAAAGCACGGCGUGUCACCAGCAUGUCUGGGUCAGAGCAGCAGCAGCAGCAGCAGCAGCAGGAGGAGAAGGUGCGGCGCCCUGACCUGACUGAAGAAGAGCUUCACCAAGGCAGGAAUAAACUGGGCUUGUGUGGACCAGCCAAGAGCAAGACCUUUGAGGUCAUGGAGGAGUGCGAGAAAAUGGGAAAAGCUGCGCCAUCCGUCUUCAGCAGAGGAAGCUCUGGGAAGGAGACGGUUUUAAACACCCGCACCACCAAAGCAGCCCACAGGAAGUAGAAAGAGAUCUGCUCAGGGUUUGAAGUUCUCUUCCCUCUCGGUCAUGAACAGAUGAAAUCCUGAUCUCUAUCCAACUUUUGACGCGUGUAUGAGUCAUCUUAUUACAACA